AUAGUGGGUAAAAUACAUAAAUUUUUCUUUUGCUCAUAAGGCUAUUAAAGCCUCCCCAAGCUCAACACAUUUUGUCUCAGCACAAAAAAUAAAAUAAAAAGAGGAGAAAAAAAAAACCUAAAAAAUUCAUAGAUUUUUCUUUCUGAAUUCUUCGAUGUUCUAAGAUCGAUUGAUUAUUCAUCAAUUCUCAUCAAUCGGAUAGUUAUUCAUUGUUGAUUGUAAUACUGAGAUUUAGAGCUAAAUGGCAUCACUUGUUGCCAGUGGUAACAGUCAAAUGUCUUCCGUCCAAGAAAAAGGAAGUAGGAAUAAGAGAAAAUUCAGGGCAGAUCCACCUUCAGGGGAGCCAAAUAAGAUUAUAUCUUCACCUCAACAUGAGAGCCUAAGUUAUGAAUUUGCUGCUGAAAAAAUCGAAAUAACCCCAACUUUUGGGCGAGUCACAGCUUCUGACUUGUGCAGUGUUAGCCAUAGCCAUGAUUGUUCUGAUGGCUUGAAGCUUGACCUUGGAUUAUCUAGCCCUGUUGUUUCACCUGAGGUUAGGAUUAGCCAUCCUAAGGAGGAACUAGAGGUGGUUGAAUCCCAUGGUGCUGAUUGGAGUGAUCACACAGAAACUCAGUUGGAAGAACUUGUUUUGAGCAAUUUGCAAACCAUUUUCAAGAGUGCAAUAAAAAAAGUUGUUGCUUGUGGCUACACUGAAGAUGUUGCUACAAAGGCUAUGUUAAGACCUGGCGUCUGUUAUGGAUGCAAAGACACUGUGUCUAAUAUAGUUGAGAACACUUUAGCUUUUCUAAGAAACGGCCAAGAGUUUGAUCCUUCACGGGAGCACUAUUUUGAAAAUUUAGUGCAGCUUCAGAAGUAUAUCUUGGCUGAAUUGGUUUGUGUUCUUCGAGAGGUUAGGCCAUUUUUCAGUGUUGGGGAUGCAAUGUGGUGUCUGUUAAUUUGUGACAUGAAUGUGUCACACGCUUGUGCAAUGGAUGGUGAUCCUUUUAGCAGUUUAUGCAAUGAUGGCAAUGUUGAUGGCUGUUCUUCUGUCCAGACUGAAUCACAAUCAAAAGUUGAAACAAAAAGUCCCGAGUUGAGUCUUCCAAGUCCUUGUAAUACAAUUCCAUCAGUUUCUCAAUCUGAGAAAUCCAUUGUGGCGGAAAAUUCUCAAACUGUCGGUGGACUCUUAGAGAAACAGGGUGCUAAUUCUGCUGACAAGUCAUCUAAUGCUUCUGGAACCUCUCAUUCUCCCUUGCUACAUGAAAAGUGUGGGAGUGUUAGAAAGGUCCAUCCCAGUAGCACCAAGAGGGACUACAUUUUUCGUCAGAAGUCAAUCCAUGUGGAAAAAAAUUAUCGGACAUACGGGUCUAAAGGCUCUUCAAGAGGAGGAAAGCUGAGUGGCUUGAGUGGUUUAAUCUUGGAUAAAAAACUUAAAUCUGUAUCAGAAUCUACCACCAUAAACUUAAAGAGUGCAUCCAUAAACAUAAGCAAGGCGGUGGGAAUUAAUGUCACUCAAGACAAUCUCAACACUGAUUUAUCAUCUAAUGAUGGACCAUCUACCCCUACUUCAUUUAGCCUGAAUUCUAGCGGUGCUAUCUCUCGUGCAUCCGAUCCUUCAUCUUCAGAACAUGAAGAAAAUCCUAUACCUGCAGUCGGUAUCCCCCCAGAUGCAUUACCAGCCACAGAUACCGAUCUUUCUCUUUCACUGUCUUCAAAAAGUAAUUCUACAACACCUAUAUGCUGUGGUCACAAGGUACCUAAUAGUAGCUGUGUGGGAAUACCAUAUGACAAGUCCAUGGGACAAUGGUUGCCCCAAGAUAGAAAGGAUGAGCUGAUUUUAAAGAUGGUUCCAAGGGUUCGGGAGCUGCAAAACGAGCUUCAAGAAUGGACAGAGUGGGCAAAUCAAAAGGUGAUGCAGGCUGCUCGUCGGUUGAGUAAGGACAAGGCUGAGCUUAAGACACUAAAACAAGAGAAAGAAGAAGUUGAGCGUCUUAAAAAGGAGAAACAAUGUCUAGAAGAAAACACAAUGAAAAAGCUUUUUGAGAUGGAAAAUGCCUUGGGUAAAGCAGGUGGACAGGUGGAACGAGCUAAUACUGCAGUACGGAAGCUCGAGAUGGAGAAUGCUGCAUUGAGGAAAGAGAUGGAGGCUGCUAAGUUACGUGCAGCAGAAUCCGCAACAAACUUUCAAGAGGCCUCUAAAAGGGAAAAGAAGACCCAAAUGAAGUUUCAAUCAUGGGAGAAUCAGAAAUCGCAGUUACAGGAAGAGCUAAAUACUGAAAAAAGCAAAUUGGCACAGAUAUUGAAGGAAUCAAAGCAAGCCGAAAUGCAAGCGGAGAAAUUUGAGGCUAAACGGCGGCAGGCAGCAAAGAAAACUGAAGAGCUUCUCUUGCUAGCCAGUUCUAUAAGAAAAGAAAGAGAACAAAUUGAGGAGACAGCCAGAGCCAAGGAGGAGACGAUCAAAUUAGAAGCAGAGAUGGAGCUUCAAAGAUACAAAGAUGACAUCCAGAAAAUUGAAAAGGAAAUUGCACAAAUAAGACAGAAGUCCGACUCUUCAAAAAUCGCUGCACUAAAACGAGGAAUCGAUGGAAGCUAUGCCGGUAGCUGCAAGGACAUGAAAAAUGGUUCUGCUCUCGAAGAACCGCAGACCGCGUCCAUUUCAGAACUGGUUCAAAAGUUAAAUAACUUCUCGAUGAAGGGUGGAGGUGUGAAACGUGAAAGGGAAUGCGUGAUGUGCCUUUCGGAGGAGAUGUCCGUUGUAUUCCUUCCAUGUGCUCAUCAGGUUGUUUGCACAAAGUGCAAUGAGCUCCAUGAGAAGCAGGGAAUGCAAGAAUGCCCUUCUUGCAGAAGCCCCAUCCAGGAGCGUAUUUCUGUGCGUUAUGCGCGUACAUAAUAGUAAUUUUUAUUUAUUUGAGUGAAAUGAGUGUUUUUAAUAAUGUCCUUUGGACUCCCAUAGAAUAAUGCAUUCAGAUCUUGGAUCUUGAAUUCAGAUACAUUAAGUUACUUUCAAUGCAAAAGGUUGAUACUUCCAGUA